AAUUUGCAGAACGCCAUUUUCAAAAACUGAACCAUCUUCUUCUUCCUCCUUCCUCCGUCUUUCUCCUUCACUGCAUCCCCCCAAAUCCAUACAUACAUACACCUAUACACUUGCACCACCCUCACACCCAUAUAUCACUUUUGUUUCUUCUUUACAUCGUCUUCCUUUUUUUUUUCUUUUUUUUUUUUUUUGAGAAUCUUGUGUACUGUAAGCAAAGAUAAAGAGGAGGGGAAGGAAGAGGGACGGGAUCGCGAUGGAUUCGCCGUCUUCGAUUGGAGAAUCAUCGACGGCGCGUAUAAUCACGCGCUCUUCCAUGAUAGACUCGAUAAAGGGUUGCGCUCUGUCGGGGCUGGUGGGGAUCAGGGUGGACAAGGAGGAGCUCAGGCGGAGGCUCAUCAUGCCGGACUACUUGCGGCUUGCUAUGGUGGAUGCUAUCAAGAGCAAGGAUGUUGAUGCGGGGGAGCAGCAUUUUAAACUCCGGGGUCCCGGGGAGAUCCUUCCUCCGGAGGCUCCCAUGGUCGUGUUUAUCAAUCCGCGUAGCGGCGGCCGCAAUGGUCAAGUCCUUAAGGAGCGCCUCCAGGAGUUGAUGAGCGAAGAACAGGUGUUUGAUUUAUCCCAAGUGAAGCCUAAUGAAUUUGUCCUCUAUGGAUUGGGUUGUCUUGAAAAGUUGGCUACUAGUGGAGACCACUGUGCCAAAGAGACGCGUGAAAAGAUUAGAGUUGUGGUUGCUGGAGGUGAUGGUACAGUUGGUUGGGUACUUGGAUGUCUUGGAGAACUUAAUAGAAUGGGUAGGGAGCCAGUUCCUCCAGUAGCAAUUGUUCCACUAGGUACAGGCAAUGAUCUAUCUAGGAGUUUUGGUUGGGGUGGUUCGUUUCCUUUUGUUUGGAAAUCUGCUAUUAAAAGAACUCUGCUCAGGGCAAGUGUUGGUCCAGUUUGCCGCCUAGACAGCUGGCAUCUUACUGUGCAAAUGCCUUCUGGAGAACUUGUUGAUCCUCCCCAUUCCCUGAAGCGUACAGGAGAGUUCUCUCUUGAUCAGGGAUUAGAAAUUGCUGGGGAGUUGGCUGAUAAGGGGAGUUGCUAUGAAGGAGUGUUCUAUAAUUACUUUAGUGUAGGAAUGGACGCUCAAGUUGCGUAUGGAUUCCAUCACUUGCGUAAUGAAAAACCUCAUCUUGCACAAGGUCCUGUUACAAAUAAGAUUAUCUACUCUGGUUAUAGUUGCACUCAGGGUUGGUUCUUUACACCUUGUAUAAGUGAUCCAAGUUUAAGGGGGCUCAAUAACAUCCUAAGGAUGUAUAUUAAAAGGGUCCAUUGCUCAGAAUGGGAGAAGAUUCCGGUACCAACAAGUGUGAGGUCAAUAGUUGCUCUGAAUCUUCAUAAUUAUGGAAGUGGACGUAACCCAUGGGGUAAUUUAAAGCCAGAGUAUUUGGAAAAGAAAGGCUUUGUGGAGGCCCAUGCAGAUGAUGGUCUUUUAGAAAUUUUUGGCUUAAAGCAUGGAUGGCAUGCUUCUUUUGUUAUGGUUGAACUCAUCACUGCCAAACAUAUUGCCCAGGCUGCAGCCAUUCGAUUUGAAAUUAGAGGCGGGGAAUGGAAGGAUGUAUACUUGCAGAUGGACGGGGAGCCAUGGAAACAACCAAUGCGGAAUGAGUACUCAACAUUUGUGGAAAUUAAGAGGGUGCCUUUCCAAUCAUUAAUGGUCAAAGGAGAGUGACCUGGCAGGCAUUUCCUCCAGACCAACAGCAAUGUAAAGCAAUGUAAAGCAUCAUUGUUACCCAGGUCCUUGUUAAACCAUAUUUAUUUUUCCAAGUGAAGAGGAAUUGGGAAACUUAAGACUCAACAAAUGCAAGAAAAUGGACAGGAAGAUAUAGCCUAGGUAUCACAGAGACAAUUGGACCCCAUUGUACCAAGUUCAUCAGUUGUUAAUUCCUUGUCUAUGUUGUUGACCUGAGUUGGGAAUGGGGUAUUUUUGCUGGAUUUUUCCUGUAUGUCAUUCAAUAACAAUAUUCACUGUUAUUGUAUUCUUGCUUUACACUGGAAGUUGUCAUUAUUAGUAGGUAAUGUUAUUGUCACACUUUUAAUUACUAAUGUUAUAUAUUUUUUUAUUUUAAUUAAUUAUUAUAUCUUUU